AGCUUUUGUGCUUCUCUCCAGCGUGAACUGUCAGAAUAUUACCGACUGGUGGCCCUUUUGCAAUCUGAAGUGAUACAUGAAGACGAUUGUGAUGUUUCAGUUGGUUCUUUCGAUGGCAUGACUUUGAAGAAGUUGUCAGUAUGGCUAAUGCAGCCAUCGCUCAAACUUACAGUUCUGGCUUCUUUGCUCGAUUCAUGCAGUGGAAAAAUAGGAGGUGAAUUAGUAUCAACGAUAUAUUCAUUCAUGAAACAUGGUGAUUCCUACAUUAAAUGCUUAAUGAAAAACACACUUAGUCUGGCAGUACAGCCAAUUUUUUCAUUGAUCACUCGAUGGAUAUUUGAAGGCGAAUUAGAAGACAAUCACCAUGAAUUUUUUGUACUGUCUGAUCCUUCGGUAAGAGAUGACAGACUGUGGCAUGAUAAGUUUUCUCUGAGGCCUAACAUGAUCCCUUCGUUCAUCACUUUUGAUCAAGCCAAAAAAAUUCUUUUGACUGGAAAAACAAUCAAUUUUCUUCGACACAUUUGUGCUGAUCAGACUUCAAUCAAAGAAAGGGAUGUUGUCAAAAUGUCCUGCAUCAAUGAUGGUUUGUGUUGCUUUUCUGAGCAGAACAAUUCCUUCGGCGAGAUGAUCAACGUCAUCUACAAACAGACGAGUUUGCAUCUCUUGGAUGUUUUGCACGACAAGUACAAACUGCUUGAUCAUUUAAAGGCCAUGAGAGAUUAUUUGCUUUUGGGGCAAGGAGAUUUCAUCAGGCAUCUCAUGGACUUGUUAGAAGAGGAUCUCGCAAAGCCAGCACAGAUGUUGUUUCUUCACAAUUUAACUGGAAUACUUGAAUCAGCCAUCAGAGCCACGAACGCACAGUAUGUCAAUGCAGAUAUCAUUAAACGACUUGAUGUCAUGCUUUUAGAGGUAUCACCAGGCGACACUGGAUGGGACGUCUUCAGUUUGGAGUAUCAUGUAUCCGGUCAUAUCAGAACUCUUUUUACACAAGACGUCAUGAUUACUUAUUUGAAGAUUUUUAAUUUUCUCUGGAGAGCCAAACGCAUGGAAUAUAUAUUAUCUAUUAUGUGGAAAGACCAAAUGAGUUAUGGUAAAGUUUUCCGUCUAUAUCCAGAAUUUCUUCCAAUACUGCACACCUGUCACCUGAUCGGCAGUGAAAUGUUACAUUUUGUACAGCAAAUACAAUACUACAUCAACUUUGAGGUGCUUGAAUGUUCAUGGGUUGAUCUGAUGAGUAGGAUCGAAGAAGCGCAUGAUUUAGACCAAGUCAUUUCAGCUCAUAAUAAUUUUUUGAGCAGCAUUGUUAGCAGAUCUUUGUUGGACAGUCAGUCACUGCCUAUUCUGACGCAGCUAAGAACAAUUUUUGAUUUAGUGUUGCAGUUUAAAGAACAACAAAAAUUUGUUUACAACAAGAUGGAUGAAGAACUGGAAUUUAGGCGACAAUUCAAACUAAAUCAAUUGCAGAGAAGUAAUAAGGGGGAAUGGGGAACUGAUGAACAAACAGAAAGUGAUGAAGUGAAAAGACGAGAGGAAUUUGUCAAACAAUUGGUCCCAAGCACCCUUUCAAAGCUUAGAGUACUAAGUCAGUCAUAUAAGAAAUUGGUUGAGAAUUUCCUUUCAUCAAUCACGACAUUUUCUGAUGGAAGCCUGCGUUGCCUAAUAUUUAGAUUAAACUUCAAUGAAUUUUAUCAUCACCAACAUCCACACACAGGCCGAUUAUCCAAGAUCAUGUACGCGUCACAUCCUCAAAAAAUUAAAGGAACAAAAGAGCCUAAGUUGUGA